GCCCCGGAUGUGGGCGCGGCUCUGAGGUAGACCUGAGAGAGCCUGCACUGUGGUCGUUUGAAGCGGCGAAAUUGAGGUCUCUUUUUCUUGACUAUCAUGUGAUGGCUUCUGGAUUUAAUGGGGGAAGAAGUGUGGAAAAGGCCAAGGAUCCAAACUGGCGAAUUUCCUGAUCUUCGAGCCCCUGUCCGCUCUCCAGACAGCGGAACUGCCGGGGUAUAUUUUCCUUUUUUCGACCCUGCAACAGCUUCUUUAAACUGUUUAAAUGAGAAUGUCCUUGGCUCAGAGAGUACUACUCACCUGGCUUUUCACAUUACUCUUCUUGAUCAUGUUGGUGUUGAAGCUGGAUGAGAAGGCACCUUGGAACUGGUUCCUCAUAUUUAUUCCAGUCUGGAUAUUUGAUACUAUCCUUCUUGUCAUGCUGAUUGUGAAAAUGGCUGGGCGAUGUAAGUCUGGCUUUGACCCUCGACAUGGAUCACACAAUAUUAAAAAAAAAGCCUGGUACCUCAUUGCAAUGUUACUUAAAUUAGCCUUCUGUCUUGCACUCUGUGCUAAACUGGAACAGUUUACUACCAUGAAUCUGUCCUAUGUCUUCAUUCCUUUAUGGGCCUUGCUGGCUGGGGCUUUGAUAGAGCUUGGAUAUAAUGUCUUUUUUGUGAGAGACUGACUUCUAAGGACAUCAGAUCAUUUUAUUGCUGAUCAGCAAGCUAUUAUUAAAGUGUACUGAAUCUUUGCAAGCUUGAAGAAUGCCAGAGAACUGAGAAAAAUACCAAAUGUAAUUUUAUACUGCUUCCAUUAAAAUAAUCUUGGUGACUUCUAGUUGACCCAAAACCUGAUUAUUCCGUAUUUGAGUUAUUAAUACCCUUAUUGUCCUAUAUGAAUAAAGUUUGUUUUGGAUCUUA